AAAAAGAAACAUUGACGGAAACUUGAGAAAAAAAUAUAUUGCUUUCAUGCUGGGAAUACGAAAUGGAAUUCAAAUGCUCCCCGUAACGACGUAGAGAAAAUAUUAGCUAUUAGAACUAGGAAAAUAUAAAUAUAUUUUUGACAAAGUAACGUUUGGAAAAUUGUUUACGUUUCUUUUAGAUUCCACCCGUAUCCGCAAACGACAGCUGUCAUAUAGAUACGUUUAGUUCCUCUUGCGACUCUUUUUAUUUAUAUAUUGUGGACACGCGUGCCUUUAUCGUUUCUUGAAAUAUUUGCUGUAAAUGUUUAUAUUUGAAUACACUGUCAAUGAUAUUAUUUAUUUACAAAAGAAACCAUUGAUGAGUCAUCGACCAUGAAGACAAUAACACUUGUUAUUGACAGUCGUGUUAAUUAGAUUGUUAUGAAGUCCUGAACAAAAUUUUACCUGUUCGCUAUCUCCUCAAAAUACUGCAAUGGCUCAGGAGGCUGUUCUUGUUAAUGUUUAUGAUAUGUACUGGAUAAAUGAAUACACUUCUUCCAUAGGAAUUGGUGUCUUCCAUUCCGGGGUUGAAAUCUAUGGAAUUGAAUAUGCAUAUGGUGGGCAUCCAUUUCCUUUUACUGGUGUAUUUGAUAUUAUACCAAAAGACUCAGAAUCUCUUGGUGACCAAUUUAAAUUUAAACAAACAAUAAAACUGGGUAGCACAGAUUUUACUCCAGACGAUGUCAAGAAGAUUGUAGAUCAACUAGGAAAAGAUUUUAGAGGGGACCAAUAUCAUUUACUAAAUAAAAAUUGCAAUCACUUCACGACAGAAAUCACAAAAGUUUUAUGUGGGAAGGAACUUCCAAGCUGGGUUAACAGACUUGCUCAUAUAAGUACAUGUAUACCAUUCCUAGAACGAGCCUUACCGAAAGAAUGGUUAACACCUAUGGCACUUCAGGAAGCUAUUCAUCAAGAAGAGUUUGACUUAAGUGGGGCUCAGCAUCUACAUGGUGGCAGAAUGACUGAUAGUCAAUCAGAUCAAGCUCAUUCCUCUCAAAAUGUACACAAUAGAAGAAUAUAGAUUGAUUGUAAAACAUAAAUAUGUGUAGAACUGGUUGCAAAUGUACAAAUGUAGAUUUUUUGUUAUAAAAAUUGUUAAUAAGAUAAACAGAAUAUUUAACUUAAUACAUUGUGAGUGUACAGCGAUUUUCAUGUGCAUCCACCUGUAUGUCUACCAACAAGACUUUUAAGUUUUCCAGAUUAUAUCUUAAAUACUACAUGACCAGAUCUUUUGAAAAAAUAAAGACAAUCAUGACAAUGCCAUGACGCAUACACAUUUUUAUGGUAUUGAUGAUGAUUAAAGAACUUGUGAAGAAAUAUUUAACAUAUAAUGCUAUGUCAUAGUUAAGGUCAGUUUUGUUUGAUUUGACAUACUUAAUUGUAAAUAUGUAAAAAUCUCAAGAUCUAAUCCAAUACAUUUGCAAACUCUUAAGUAUGACUUGAUUUUAUCCUAUCGAUAUUUGUUUAUGAUAUUAAAAGAAUGUUUAAAAAUUCUGCUGAUGCAACUAAUGAACUUUGAAAUAUGAAAAAAAAGAUAACUUAUGGAAAAUUAAGUAUUGGACCUUCAAAGAAAUCUGGAUAAAUUUGAAUCCUAACUUAAAAAAGAAAUCCCUUUAGUUAUGAAUCCUACCUGAAAUUCUUUUCAAAUGAAAUGAUAAGCUAGUAGUAAGGGUUAUUAUAAGGUUAUAAAACUAUUGGAAUAAUUUCUCUUAGUUUGUCAAACAUUUUGGAGCUGUAUGCAAGUAACUACUCUAGUUUAAAGUUGUCUGAUUUGUGGUAAAAAUAUCUUCAUAUUGUGCUACCUUUAAAUGGCUGUAGUUGAAUAUCAUGUGGUUUAAGUGAUAAUCAGAUCUUGUCAUUUCUCACUAGUCACUAUGAAUAACAUAAAAUGUCGAUGCAAUACAUAUGUAGAUGAAUAUUUUAGUUUGUAGAUUUUCUGUCUCCAAACACAAUAUAAUAUGAAGUCAUAUAUUUGGUUAAAGGUUAUAUUGUUAUACCUUCAUAAUAAUUUCUUAUUUAACAGACCUGCCAACUAUCCCGAUUUAUGGGGAUAUCCCCUGGGGGGUUGGCCUGACUAUUUAAUUCCUCUAUUAUAUGAACUUUAUGCCUCAAAAUAUUUAUUCAGAUGAGUUUAAUGGAAUUUGAAUAAUAUAUACUCCUCAAAAAUCAUAGUACAUUUUAUUAAAUAUGCUUUAGGCAUGUAUAAAACAUGCACUAGUCCAGGUCUUUUUGUGCUUAAAAUCCCCCAUGGAGGUUUUGAAAAGUUGGCAGGUAUGAUUUAACUGUAUCAUGUUAAAUAGUGGGAAUUAUAGCUGUUUUAAAGUCAUGAAUCAUCUGUUCCAACUAUCUGUUGCAGAGUUUGGGACUGUUGUAGUGGCAGUAAUCUGUUGAUCAUUUGUUUGGCUAUUUCAAAAUUGAACUCUUGUGAUCUUCUGAUUGCCUGUUUGUGUUUGUUUUACUGAUUAUACCAUGUUUCUUUCUUGAAAUAAAAGGUAUUACUAUACAGUUAUAAGACAACAGUUUUGUAUUACCCCCUGGUUCUGGCUGUGGUUCUUUGCUUUGGGUCAAAUAACAUAGCUGUUCACCUUGAAUCCAGUCAAUAACUAUAAAAUGUCAUUAUGUUGUUUAAUUUUUGCAUCUUAUAGCAGAAAAAAUUAGGUUUUUGAAUGUAAUGUCAUUAAAAUUAUAUUUUUUGACAACAUGUAAAAAGCAUUGAUAUUGUUAAUAGCAGUACUGGGUGAUGCAAUAAGAAAUGUAACAGAUGUACACAGAGGAAAAUAAACAAAUGCGAUAAAGGAAUUUAUCUUGUUAACAGUCAAAUUCUACAGGGAUAUUGUAGAUAUAUAAAUAUAUCUUGUAAAUGUUUCACAUCAAAAAGAGGUAAUGAACUAUUACCCCUCACCCCACAAUGCAGAAUUAUUUUUUAGAAAGGAAAAAGCUAAUAACCAUGAAACAUGUAUAUUAUUUUUGUGUGAAAUGAGGCCUUUCAUAGUAUACUAUAUGUAGAUUUUGGCAAAUUCAGGGAUUUGUUAAAAUAUUGCUGCACUCAUUAUGUAUUCAAUACAGAAGUAUGUACAGAUAAAAUAUUUAUGAAAUUCAGGUGUACAGAAAUUGUUUUGUUUACCUGUUUUGUUCAUUUUAAUUGUGAGAUUGCAUGUAACAUAAAAAAAGUUGUUAAUUUUGAAAAUGAACAUGUAUAUAUGUGAAUUUUAAAUGUUUAUUUGUGUGUUUAUAUCCAGUACAUUACUAUGUUUGUCACCAUGUACUGACAAAUAUCAUACUUAUAUGAUAAUGUACUUUUAUGUAGGAUGAUACUGGUUGUGUACAAAAGUUCAAACAAGUUUUAAUGUGUUAAUGCAUUGUAGGUCAUCAAGUAUAGAAAAUUUACCUUUCUAUUUUAUAUUUCAUCACUGAAAGUUUAUCUACUUUGUUAUGUAAAAUUAGAUGAUACAAAAUUCUUUUUUUCUAAUAAAUUAUUCACUUAUAAAUGAAUAAAAUUGUCAAAAUCUCGAUUUUUUCUGCCAAAUUUAAUGACAUUUAUUGUUACUGGUUGAUGUAUUUACAUGUAAUUUACUCUUAAUAUUUCAUUCACAGAAAUGUAUAUGUUUAACUAAUUUUGAUCUACUGAGGAGUAUAUGUAUUGAUAUAGGUUAAUACAGAAAGAUGCUUGCAAUCAGAGUCAUUUGUUAAACAGAAAAUUUUUAACCAGAAAUAUAUUGUGACUAAAGGAUACAUUUAUUUGCAAAUGAUAAACCUGCCAUGUGUUACUAAUUCAAAAAUCAAAAUGCAGAAUGGAAUGAGGAAAAAUAUUGUAAAUAAAAUGUUCUGCAAUGAGUGUAGAAAAGUAUUGUAAAUGAUGUAGACCUCUAGGCAGAAAACAAUCGCUACUCUAGUUUUCAGAAAUUAACUUUUGAUUAAAAUACUUUAGUAUUUUGUGAAAUCUAUGGAUAUAAUUAGUAAAAAGACAAUAAUUUCUUUUUUAGUAAUAUCUGCGCAUAAAUUCACUGAUCUGAUUUUGGAUUUAAUACAAAUUUUUAAAAUUAAAGUAAACUUUCUAAGUAUUAUUACUCCAUUAUAACUAGAUUUGCAAUAUACCUUUUACAUUCCAUUCACAAAUUCUCAGAGAAGUUAAUUUAUUGCUUUUCUAAUAUUCUAAGACCUGAGUUGAAAGCAAGGUCAAACUUUUAUUAUUACAUCUAACCAUGUAGUUAGCUUAGUUGAAUUCCUGCCUUCAGACCAUUUUAAAAUAUUUUUGUUCCAUGUCUAUGUUAUGAUAUGUUAAUGUUUGGAAGAACAAGAAUAUGAAAAUCUUUGAUCAAUGUUUGAAGUACAAGUCAAUAUUUUAACUAUCGUUUGUUAGAUGUUUUCAGUGUGUAGAUGAAUUUUAAGGCAUACAUUUUCAUCUUUUCAGAAAAGGAGACACUUGUUAUGUGGAGCAUCUAUUAAAAAUAAAAAUUUUGCAAAGUGAAUCAAUUUUAGAUAAUAUCUUAAUCAUUAAUUCCAUCACAUUUAAAGUUACAAGUUAUCAGAGGGACAAAUGCUAAUUUAAUAGAUAUUUAGCUCUUGUUGAUAUUACAAUGUUUCACCAUAUUUCAAAUUAUUUACAGAAAAUGAACAGAUGCCCUUAGUUAUAACUAUUGUACUGUUACAUAAUUCAGUAAGCUAUAUGUCCUACAUGAUUAGUUUUGUGUAAUGAUAUGUAUUUGUGUGCAUUAUGGAAAUCAUUUCAUGUUAUAUUGAUACUUAUUUUUGUUAAUGUUUUUGUAUUUACAUGUAAUUAAUUUUUGACCUAAUGAAAUUUACUUCUAUGAAAACAUGAAAAUCAAACAAAUUUAGCCUCAAUCAUUAAAAGAUGCUUUGUAAGUGACAAAACCCGUAAGUUACAUUCAGGUUGUUAUGGUUUUCAUGCACAACAAAUAGGAUUAUGUGCAGUUUUGCCUUUUCAGCUUAUUAUUAAAUCAGUAGCUAGAAAACCAAAGAUCACAAUCUUUUUAUUUGGCCUUAAUCUAAACUUGGUUGAGAAUAUUAUGAUAAUAAUGUAGAUUUGGGUUUGGUAGAAGAUAUUGGCAGAUUUUGGGUGGGUAGAAGAUAUUUGCAGCUUUGGGGUUCGUAGUAUAUAAAUAACACAUAGCUGAGAGGGUGAUAGAGCAGAUUGCUAAGCCAAGGUU